AUUUUGCAUUGGUAUCAUGUGACGUCACUUGCUAUGACGUGUAUCGGGAUUUAUACUGCACCAACCAUUGUGGAGGUGGAUGUGAUGUGACGUGAUGUAAAGUGUCAAAUUGCAAAAAACACAAAAAUUCUAGGUUAACUCUUGACUUCACUUGUACUCUUGUAAAAAGUGAAUUAAUUACAUUUUAACUAUUUAUAUUAUAUUAUAUUACUUAUUUUGGAUUGUAUAUAAGUCAAGUGUAAGCAUAAAACUGAUAAUUGGUACAUAAAUAAAAUUUAAAAACAUGGAAGUAAAACAAGAAACUAGUGAAGAAACUUGUAAAAUAGAAAUAAUAGGUAAUGAUACAUGUGUUGGUCCUUUGGAUGUCUUCAAAAUAGAAAUUAAGGAAGAACCCAAGAGAGAAAGCCCUUACAACGCAUUAGCAUUUGAUUAUUCAGAAUUAAAUGAAUGUCCUAUAAACAUUAAAGCAGAACAAAAAUUUAAACCAUUUGAAGAAAAGCAAACAACAAAUGAAGAAAAUUGUCCCCAGGUGGAAAAUAAAACGAAAAUUGUGGAAACGUUACAUUCAUCUCCUGAAGGAAAAUGUACAGGUCAACAUGCAGAAGAAACAAUAUUAAAUAAAGUUAUGAAAGUUGGAACUGGGCAAAGAUCUUACAAGUGUGAAAUUUGUUUUAAGCAGUUUUCCCGAAUGAAUAUGUUGAAAACCCACUUGAGAACUCACACUGGAGAAAAACGUCAUAAGUGUGAAAUUUGUUUUAAGCAGUUUAACCAAGCAAUUAGUUUAAAAACACAUUUGAGAAUUCAUACUGAAGAAAAACCGUACACGUGUAAAACUUGUUUAAAGCAGUUUAUUAGUACAAGUGAUUUGAAAAGACAUUUGAGAGUGCACACUGGAGAAAAACAGCACAAGUGUGAAAUAUGUUUUAAACAGUUUAUCCAAGCAGCUAAUUUGAAAACACAUUUAAGAUUACACACUGAAGAAAAAAAGUAUAAGUGUGAAAUUUGUUUCAAACAGUUUAGUCAAGCAGGUAAUUUAAAAACACAUUUAAGAUUACACACUGGAGAAAAACCUCACAAGUGUAAAAUUUAUUUUAUGCAGUUUACUACUAUAAGCCAGUUGAAACCCCACUUGAGAAUUCAUACUGGAGAAAAACAUCACAAGUGUGAAAUUUGUUCUAUGCAGUUUACUAUAGCGGGAAAUUUAACAAAGCAUUUAAGAUUGCACAGUGGAGAAAAACCUCACAAGUGUGAAAUUUGUUUUAAGCAGUUUAGUGUAGCAGAUAGUUUAAAAAAACAUUUAAACAUGCACACUGGCGAAAAACCAUACCAGUGUGAAAUUUGUUUGAAACAAUUUUCUCGAAUGGAGUAUUUGAAAUCUCAUUUGAGAAUACAUACUGGAGAAAAACCAUACAAAUGUAAAAUUUGUUUUAAACAGUUUAGUCAAGCAAGUCAUUUAAAAUCACAUUUAAGAUUACACACUGGAGAAAAACCUCACAAGUGCGAAAUUUGUUGUAAGCAAUUUAAUAGUGCACGUAAUUUAAAAACACAUUUGCGAGUGCACACUGGAGAAAAACCAUACAAGUGUGAAAUUUGUUUUAAGCAGUUUACUCAGGAAUAUCAUUUGAAAACACAUUUGAGAGCGCACACUGGAGAAAAACAGUACAAGUGUGAAAUUUGUUUUAAACAGUUCAGUCAAGCAGGUAAUUUGAAAACGCAUAUAAGAUUACACACUGGAGAAAAAUCUCACAAGUGUGAAAUUUGUUUUACGCAGUUUACUACUAUGAGUCACUUGAAAUCCCACUUGCGAACUCAUACAGGAGAAAAACCUCACCAGUGUGAAAUUUGUUUUAAGCAGUUUAGUGAAGCAAGUAAUUUGAAAACGCAUUUAAGAUUGCACACUGGAGAAAAACCUCACAAGUGUCAAAUUUGUUUUAAGCAGUUUUCUCGAACGGAUAUUUUGAAAAGUCAUUUAAGUGUACACACUGGAGAAAAACAGUAUAAGUGUGAAAUUUGUUUUAAACAGUUUAGUGUUGCAUGUAAUUUGAAAACACAUUUGAGAGUGCACACUGGAGAAAAACAGUACAAGUGUGAAAUGUGUUUUAAACUGUUUAGUCAAGCAAGUAGUUUAAAAACACAUUUAAGAUUACACACUGGAGAAAAACCUCAUAAGUGUGAAAUUUGUUUUAAACAGUUUAGUGGAGCAGGUAAUUUGAAAAGACAUUUAAGAUUACACACUGGAGAAAAACCUCAUAAGUGUGAAAUUUGUUUUAAACAGUUUAGUGAUGCAUCUAAUUUGAAAACACAUUUGAGAGUGCACACUGGAGAAAAACAGUACAGGUGUGAAAUUUGUUUUAAGCAGUUUAGUGUAGCAGAUAGUUUAAAAAAACAUUUAAACGUGCACGCUGGCGAAAAACCAUACCAGUCUGAAAUUUGUUUGAAACAAUUUUCUCGAAUGGAGUAUUUGAAAUCUCAUUUUAGAAUACAUACUGGAGAAAAACCAUACAAAUGUAAAAUUUGUUUUAAACAGUUUAGUCAAGCAAGUAAUUUAAAAACACAUUUAAGAUUACACACUGGAGAAAAACCUCAUAAGUGUGAAAUUUGUUUUAAACAGUUUAGUGGAGCAGGUAAUUUGAAAAGACAUUUAAGAUUACACACUGGAGAAAAACCUCAUAAGUGUGAAAUUUGUUUUAAACAGUUUAGUGAUGCAUCUAAUUUGAAAACACAUUUGAGAGUGCACACUGGAGAAAAACAGUACAAGUGUGAAAUUUGUUUUAAACAGUUUGGUCAAGCAGGUAAUUUGAAAACUCAUUUGAGAGUGCACACUGGAGAAAAACCUUAUAAGUUAGGUGCUUAGAAGCAAAACGCAAUAAAUCCACUUUUUGUCGAAAAUGAGAUAUUGAGCUUAAUUAGUUCCUCAGAGUCCAUUCUAUAGGCACAUCACUUUAUUUACCGUCAAAACUAAUUAAUUCCAAUACAUUUCAAUCGACUCAAAGUUAUUUUGGAAACAAAACACAUAAAGUCCCGCCCGCUUAAAGACCAAAACAGGUAAAGUCCACCGCAACGAUUCGAACGAUAAGGGAAAAUCGUAUCCCAAAAAGCUGCCCUCUGAAAAAUAAAACCCAGAUGAAAAAAGUGAAUCGAGGUGAACGUGCAGUGGCGUGCUGGGCAUAUAAAUGAAUCGGUGCAAUCACCGAAAGGCCGCGGCCUCUUGAGGCCGGUCAAAAAGGUUUUUUUCACAAAAAAUUUUAGAUGUAACAAAAAAAAAUUUAAUUUCUAAUCGAAUGUUAAUUUUGCUACUAAUAUUAAUAAAACAUUUAUAUAAAAAUUUAAAUUUUUUUAAAUAGU